ACUGCUCAUUGUUUAUUUUUAUCGAAUCAAGGAAUUACACGUGUAUUAGGAAACGACAAAUAAGUGACGAAAUUUCUAAGAUAACUUCAAAAUACUAGUCAACCAGCUUAUCUCUUUUAAGAAGACGCGUAUAUUUUGUCCUGUUUUGCUGCCACAAAAUGAGAAAUUUUGUAUUUAUCCUAUUUGUUGUAUGUUGUCUCGGUAGCACAUUUGGAGGUUCUUCAGAUUCUGUCAAGCUAUCCAACAUUCAAGUACUAACCCUUUAUCAUGGCAAAAUGACCAAUGGCAGGCGUUCUUCCCCAGUACCACAAUUGAAAUGUGUUGGAGGAACUGCAGGUUGUGGAGCAUUUACACCUCAGGUGGUCCAGUGUUACAAUAGAGGUUCAGAUGGUGAUGAUGUUCAAUGGGAAUGCAAGACUGAUAUGGAUAAUGCUUACCGUUUUGGAAAAAUCUCUGUUUCAUGUGAAGGCUACUCUUAUCCAGAUGAUCCUUAUGUUCUAAAAGGAUCCUGUGGACUAGAGUAUUCCAUAGACUUAACCAAAGAAGGCUAUGGAAAUCAACAAGGACAUAACUAUUAUGGAAAUGCUGAUCAUACAAAUGAUAAAAGAAGCAAUUCCUAUUACACAAAUGAUAAAAGAAGCAAUUCUUAUCAUACCCAAGAGUCUACAGGUUCCUCUAUCGGAGGUCUUAUUAUUCUAGUUGUUGCUGGAUUGAUGAUUUAUGCCCUUUACAAGACAUGCAUUGCACCUGCUGCUGAACAAGUAUUUCAGUCAAGUACCACCAGUGACGAUUUUGGUGGAUAUCCUGGCGGUGAUCCAUAUCGCGCAAAUGCUCCUCCACCACCGGGAUUUCGCUCAGAAUUUGCGCCAAAUACCGGAUCUCCAUUUGGAGCGUCAUGUGGUGGAGACCAAGCUGGGUUUGGUAGUAGGCCUGCUAGUACUGGCCGCACCGGCACAGGCUCGGGCACAGGUGCUGGGGGAUUUUGGACAGGUGCAGCUACAGGAGGACUGCUCGGUUACAUGUUCGGAAGUCGAGGAAAUACGAGACCAACCCAAACUUACAGAACUACUCGAGAUGAUUACUCCGACAAUGCUUUUUGGGAUGGAGCUACAGGGAGAGGUAGUGGAAAUUCGUCAUUUGGAGGAACACCAAGCACUGGAACCAGGACAGCAUCAGGGUUCGGAGGAACGACACGCCGUUAACAGUUUUCGUAUGCCACUCAUUUAUUUUACGACAAAGAAUCUAACAUUUAAUGGAUGUCUGAUUUGUUUUCUAACAUCUAAUCGGUUUUCUUAGAUGCUAAAAAUUGUUAAAAUUCAGCGUAAAGUCACUUGAUGUACAAAACAGAAAUUUGGCGUUACAUUGAAAUUACGUUUGUUUCAAUAAAUCAUAAAAACCAGAAAAAAACUAAAAAUAUAAU